AUGGGAUGCUGCAAUGCUUCUUCCAAAUAAAAGUUACCCAACUCCACUUCAGUCCCUCGAGAAAUUAAAAUAUCCUCCCAAUAAGAAUGGGAUAUCCAGUUAAAUAGACACUAUUAAGUAAAGCAUAAUAAAUAUUAUAUUCCUUAGUCAAUUUUGAAUAGCUCCAUAUUUCAUCAAAACUUCUCAAUCGACAUCGUCAAUGAAGUUAACUCAGAAUAAGACAACCUAGUUAUUAUAAUUUAAGGUUCAUACUUAGAGCAAUUACAAUUAGGCAAGUGA